AAAGGGAGGGGGCGGGGAGAUUGUGGCAGCAAAGAAGGGAAGCAAAGCAGAGCAAGGACCAGGGCUAUUGUGCUGCUGCUGCAGGCUCUCUAUGCAAGCUCCCCCUCCAGGACUGUCAGCAGCAGGAGGAAGGCUCCCCAGCAGAGGCCACCAGGAUUGCUCUGCCUUUCAGUGAUCAUAGCGAUGAACCAUUGCCAGAGGAAGGUAAAAUGGAGGACUGUUUUAUUACAACAGUGUGUUUUGCUGCUCACCUAUCUUGUAAUAACACUGGAAGCGGUACCUAUAGAUGUUGACAAGACAAAAGUCAAAGAGGAAGAACAUGUAGAAAGCGCAAAAGUAGAUAAUCUGGAUACUGGGCUUUAUUAUGAUGCUUACCUCAGACAAGUGAUAGAUGUUCUUGAGACAGACAAACAUUUCAGAGAGAAACUCCAGACAGCAGACAUAGAAGAAAUAAAGAGUGGAAAGUUAAGCAAAGAACUAGAUUUAGUUAGUCAUCAUGUAAGAACAAAGCUGGAUGAACUGAAAAGACAAGAGGUUGCAAGAUUAAGGAUGUUAAUUAAAGCCAAGAUUGAUUCAUUUCAAGAUUCUGGCAUAGACCAUCAAGCUCUUCUCAAACAGUUUGAGCAUCUGAACCACCACAACCCUCAUACUUUUGAAGCUAAAGAUUUAGACAUGCUAAUCAGAACUGCCACAAGUGACUUAGAAAACUAUGACAAAGCUCGCCACGAGGAGUUUAAGAAGUAUGAAAUGAUGAAAGAACAUGAAAGAAGAGAAUAUUUAAAAACACUGGAUGAAGAAAAGCGACACCAAGAAGAAUCCAAGUUUGAAGAAAUGAAGAAAAAGCAUGGUGAUCACCCCAAAGUUAACCAUCCUGGAAGCAAAGACCAAUUGAAAGAGGUAUGGGAGGAAGCAGAUGGGUUAGACCCCAAUGACUUUGAUCCAAAGACCUUUUUCAAGUUGCAUGAUGUCAAUACUGAUGGUUUUCUGGACGAGCAGGAGUUAGAAGCCCUAUUUACUAAAGAGCUAGAGAAAGUGUAUGAUCCCAAAAAUGAAGAGGAUGACAUGGUAGAGAUGGAAGAAGAGAGGUUACGAAUGAGAGAGCAUGUCAUGAAUGAGGUUGAUAUCAACAAGGACCGGUUAGUGACUUUGGAUGAGUUCCUCAGAGCUACAGAGAAAAAAGAGUUUUUGGAGCCAGACAGCUGGGAGACCUUGGAUCAACAGCAAGUGUUCACAGAAGAGGAUCUGAAAGAAUUUGAAAGUCACAUUUCCCAACAAGAAAAUGAACUGCAGAAGCAAGCAUAUGAGCUUCAGAAAAAGAAAGAAGAGCUACAGAGACAACAAGAUCAUUUACAGGCUCAAAGACAAGAACUUGAACAGGCUGUUCAACAAAUGGAAAAGAAGAAGUUACAACAAGGGCAUCCUUCCUCAGGACCAGAUGGAGAGCUGAAAUUUCAACCCCCUGGGGAACAACCCAUUGCAAAUGUUCAGAGUCAUCCAGAAGGGGGUGUUCAGCCAUUACCACCAGGAAACCUCCCUGUACAAGAAGCAGCUAGAUCGGACCAUGUCCAGACUCAUCCUUAACCACCUGUGCCUCAACUUUAUACCAUAUUUGUGGUGGGGGGGGGAGUGGGUUGGUUGGGAAAAGUGGUCAGAGACUAAAAGCAAAUGGGAAUGGAACUUCAUUUUCGCCUCCAUGACAGAUUGAUGGGAUUCAUAAUAUUCAUUAUCUUAAUUCAACAUGAAGACUUUCAAAGGCACAAAUGACCCAAAUGGAAAUUUCUAGAGUAGUGGAUCUUUGUGAUGAGAAAGAUCUGUCACAACAUUCUAGGUUUGCCAUUAAACUUAAGUAGACAACAGGGCUUCUCCCACCUUUCUCACCAUGAAAGCUGUUGUUUUACUUGAAUGUUGUUUUGCCUGUCUGUCACUUGUGCUUUUGGAAAACCUAGCCUUGCCCGCCUUUGGUUCAUGCUUAAAUUAAAUAUAUUUUGAUCAUUCUCCAGGAGGUAUAUUGAUGAGGGACAAAUUAAGGGAAGCAAACUCCUUGCCCCCCCUUUUUUUGGUAAAGCUAAUGAUGCUGACAAUCUCAAUUGCCAUUGGGUGUAAAGUGAAUGUUUGCUAUACCAAGACCUACUGCCAGGUAUAACCAAGAGGUACAAGUCCUUUGGCAUAUGACAGUAUUUUCCUAAAAGUGCCAGCAAUGAAAAGUCGGAAUGUUAGGCCUGUGGACUGAAUGAGUUCUUUGUUGCUGAGUUUUAACAAUCUCUUUGACUUCUUGAGAUGCAUGAGAAGUCACCUGUGAUCUGAUUUCAAGAAAUUCUGCACAUUAAAAAUGGAUAUAAUUGCAGCAGGAGUAAUAAUGGAGAACAGUGAAUGUCUUCUGUUUACAAAUGGCAACAUAAGAAUCCUUCAGCGGAAAUAUUAUGCUGAAGGGUAUUGAUUAAGCCAUCUUUAUUGCUGCUGACUGAAUGUAGUGAGUCAGCUGGGUACACCCCCUGCGAGUUCACUGUGAAGAAGAUACUUUUGUCCUCCUUCCUUUCAUAAUCUGCCAAUUUCAUUUAUCUCUCUGUGAGCUAUGAAACUGAGCUCUUUAGAUGAUGAAAAAUACCUUCAGAAUUAGUAAAGACCUUUCAUUGUCUUUUCCCGAGCAAAACAGCAUCCCCCUUGCUGUGUUUCAAACAGAGGUUCUGCGUUUUAAGAUAAAAUUAAGUUUACAAAUCUGAUGAUGGAUAAAAGGCAUGCAAUUUAAAUAUUUCUUGGAAGUUAGUAUCUUGGAGAAUUAUUCAAGUUUUUCCUUAUUUAAUGACUUUGAUUUGCAGGGGGUGAUAUGGCUGUAAUAAUUUUAGCACAAAAAGAAGCAUCUAGUUCUUUGCAGAUGAAAACCAGUUUAUUCUUUAAAUGUGAUUUUCAAAUGCUUUUCUCCUGUUCUUAGUGUUAUGGUGGGCCCUCGGUAUCUAUUGGGGUUUGGGUCCAGGACCCCCCAUGGAUACAAAAAUCCAUGGAUGCUCAAGUCCCAUUAUAUGCAGUGACAUAGUAAAAUGACGUCCCUUACAUAAAAUGACAAAAUCAAUGUUUCCUUUUUGGAUUUUUUUUUAAUUUGGUGAAUAUUUUUGAACCAUGGUUGGCUGAAUUCAUGGCUGAAGAAUCCAUGGAUAUGGAGAGCUGACUUGGAUUUCAGUUCAAUAAGUGAACAUAUUCCAGAAAUCCCUGGUAAUGUUAUUAAGAUUGGUAGCAAAGCAUUUAUACUAAAACGGCAUGCCUUUAUGAAACAAAGGGGGGAUAGCUUCUAAAAUGUUAUGGCCUCGGUAUAGUAGUUAGUCUCAGCUAGAUUAGACCUCUGAAUAAGCCAGAAUUUUGCAAAUCACCUCUUACGAGCCAUUAAUUAAAUAUCUCUUCUAGUUGGGACUCACUAUUAUUAAGCCUAAAACUUCAAAGCUCUCUUGUUAGUGAAGAAACGUGUAACCAUUUGUUUUCCCAAGAAAUUGGACAUUUCUUACAAUUUUUAUACAGAAUUUCAAAGAACUGUUUUCCAUAGGAAAUAAAAAUCAAAGCCAAGGCCUCCCUGUACAAAAGUUACGGAGGGAAAGUAUGAAUAAACAGUCCUCUUACUAAUGCAGGUUUUGACUUUUUGUGGUGUAGAUUGUCUUUAUUAGGCUAGUUUUGAGAUGACACUAUCCUCUCCUGAAUGACUUUUUUCAUACUUCUGUGACUUGAAACAGGUAUUUUCCUAUUUGCCUAUUUUACAGCCUUUUAAAAUAUGACUAUCAAAGCAUGCAGAGGACACAAUUUUGCAGGCUAUUCUCUUGGCUAGAACUGUGUAGCUGCUACCUUGCAUACAACAAUCCCUUUAUCACACCAUCACAAAUGGCAGAACUUGAGCUAUUGCCAAAACAUGCCAAAAGCUAAAUAUUCUGACAGUGCUGUGUAAAUCUACAGCACUAUAUAAAUAAUAAUAAUAAUAAUAAUAAUAAUAAUAAUGAUGAUGAUGAUGAUGACGUUGAUUAGUAAGUGCUCCCGAGCCCGCAUCAUCCUUGUUUCAUUUUACCCCUCUUCCUCUUACUUUCCUCUUUAGUGUCUGUAAGUCUCCUUAGGUUUUGCCUAGAAAAUCAUUCAGCACUCUUUUCUUUUAUGAUCCUGAGAAGAAUAUGGUGAUGUAAUUCAGUGAAUGAAUCCCCUUUCUCUCAUCAUGUUGCAUACUCAAGGUAACGAAUUGGAAAGAGAGUCACAACUGCAAGCAUAUGUUCCAUUCAGAGUGAUUCAAAUGGUGUGGCCAACAGACAUCAUGAGAGUACUGGACUGAUGUUAAUUGUUAUGAUAUACAUGAUACUGCAAACCCUACCCCCCCCCCCCAA